AAAAACAAACGAAAACGACAGGCAGACGUCAGUUUCUCCGGUAAUGGGAGUCAUCCAGUGGUUGCUGCAUUGAUAAUCGACAACAAACCCCUUUUAGUACAUCUUUCCCCAAUCUUUUAUCGUACUCAAAACAAAUAAAAGCAAUGAGUGAACUCGUGUGGGGAAUAAAGAACGGCGACAUGGACCAGGUUAAGGAUAUAGUUGAUAAUAAGGAAAUUGACGUGAACAAAGACAUUGAUGGAAGAGCCCCCAUUCACUACGCUGCUGACUACGGCCAAGAAGAUGUGAUUCGAUAUCUAGUUUCCAAAGGAGCUGAUGUCAAUGCCAAAGACAAGCAUGGAAUCAGUGUCCUUCUGGCUGCAGUUUGGGAAGGUCAUACCAGUUGCGUUAAGCUACUUCUGGAAAAGGGUGCUUCAAAGGAAGGCACAACCCCUGAUGGAACUACUUAUUACAAUGCAGCUGAAAAGGAAGAAAUCAAGCAGCUUUUAAAGUAGUCUGCUGUCACAUUUACUUUUUAUGUCCUAUUCUCAAAUAUAAUCAUUGAUAUUUAAUGUGCGUUUUUAGAUGUAUGAGUGUUUAAGAGUGUGCCAAGCAAAAAGCAAUGUGAUAUUCUCCCAAAAUCUAAAUUUUUAUUCACCUAGAUUAAAUGGAAUAUAAUUCUUCCUCUCAGAAAUACUCAUCUAGCACUUAGGCAUAUCAAAGAAGAACAAUCUAUAAUUUUCACUAAACUGCAUAGGACUUUACUGUAAUACAUAAAGAGAAUUUUAAUGCCAUUGUUUUUUGCAUUGCUUUUUGUUCAGGCUUCUUGUUUAAACCUGCUUAGUUCAUUAUUGAAUUAUGGUUUAAGAAUCUUUCAUUGUUGUUAGCUUUGCACUUGUGGUAACCAAUAAUAUUUGGAUUUUGAGGCAAAUUGGAAUUGGACCGAUCUCUGCAUAUUGUUGAAUUGGUUUGUGAGAGAUUCUGCAACAUAAUUUUCAGCAACAGUUAUUUCUAAGGUGCUUUAAUCUAAUCUUGGCAGUCUCAUCAGAGGAUUGGUGUUUUGUUUUUUUCAUCUCAUUUAUCACCUUCUUUCCAAUAUCAGUUUGAUCAUAUAACCCUGAUGUAAUUAUUAAUUAGAUACAUAAAAGAAAGGUCAACUAAAAUAAGUAAUCCUUCUGUUUUUCUUAGUAUUUUUGCAAUCAAGUAUUUCCCCAUGUUAAAGGGGUGUCAAAAGUCUCAAAAUUAGGUGUUUCAAACCUUGCAUUUCUCAUAUUUAAAUCUCUUCUACUAGUCAUCCACUGUGAUGUCUCAUCUCUGUACACUACCUGAAAGUUACUGGCGCCCCAUUUGGUCUUCGAAAUGACUUAUUAACUAAAGUUUUGUCGUGAGUAUUGUCUGUUGAAAUUUGUUCAUUUCACUGUAUAUUGUAUUGAGGCCACAAAUUUUAAUUGACCAUCUUUCAUGAAAGAAAAUUUUGCAUUGCCUCUACACUAAUGGAAUGUUGUCAGGUAGGCUUCUCUUGGCAAAUCUACUCUAACAGUUCUUUGUAGCCCUCCUUUUGUAUUGUGUAAUUUUCUUUAUGAUCUCUUUUAAGAGCAUAAGUAUUGGUAAACAAGAGAGACUUCAGACAACUAUAUUGUGAUAAGUUUUUUUAAUUUUGUGCGACUGAAAUUAAGUUCCAAUAAAAUAUUUAUGUAGCUGUA